AUGUCUGCAACAGCUUCCCAACCGCCUGUGGUCCCUCCUCGUCCGUCUCGGAGUCAAGAUAAAGACCAAAUUCCAAAGAUUCCUCCGCGACCUAUCAAGUCGCGCGUUGAACGCUCCAUGUCUCCUAGCCGGGAUCGCUUUGCGCCCUCGCCCCUCAAUGACCGCCUCGGAGCCAAGAGUCCCCUGAGCCCUCGCUUCGGCAACUUGGGGGCCAACAAUGGCGGCUACAGCGUCUCUCCUGACCCAGUCGACCGCUCUUCCAGUGUCGACCUACCAUCGCUCGGGGAGGAAGGCAAGGAAUAUGCCGCCAUGGCGGACGAGCUAGAAUCGGGUAAGGAGAGGAGCGUGUCUCCCACUCAGACUCGCAAUGUGGCCGAGGACCUCAAGCUGCACGCUCCUAAACCAUCCCACCCCGCUGUUAGCGCCAAGCAACGCGUUGCUGCCGUCACUCGCACCGACUCGGACCGGGCUGCUAGUUUCGGCAUCGGCAAGCCGAGCAACGAUGAGCCGGCUUCGUCGAACCGCAGCCUUAAGAAGAAAGCCAGCACUAUCAGUCAGCUGUCGGCUCGUUCCGACAGCCAUGCCGAUGACGAGCAUGGUAUCCCAGAAAUAGGCAAGCAGGUACCCAUGUACCCCAAUGCUGGCGACGUUCAGGCUCCCUCGCCAGCCCCAGGCUCGAUGUUGGGCGCGGAUGGCCAGAGGCCCAAGCAACACCAUCGGAGAGCUAGCUCUCGGGGUGAUGCGCCCCCCGGAAGCUAUGGUCUGCAUGGCCAUGGCAUCAAGUCCCAGGACAAGCUCGACAUGGCCUAUUACGAGAAGCACCCAGAGCUCAAGCACAGAGAGCGUCAGCCUCACCACCAUGACCGCCCCAACGAUUUCUCGAUGAGUCGGGAGGAGCUCAACAAAAUUGUUCGCGAUACAGCGAACAAUCGCGCGACUGGUCACGAUUUCAGCGCUCCGCCUGAGCAGGCUGGCUGGGAGGCCAUCGAGGAAUCAGCCUCGCGCAUUGCCUCUCCCAAGCCCGUAGCAAGUGGCUCUAACUCACCCGUCCUCACGCGGGGGCCUCAACUAGGCCCUUCGCCUGAGGCGGGCAAGAGCAACGAGAACGUGAUUCAUGUUCACGAUCCUCGCAAGAAAUCCGGCCAAUUCGAUGCCAAGUCGCCCGGUCUCUAUAACGAGAGCGACGAGGAUGGCCGAUACAGUGCCCCUAUCCUUGCCGAUGAUGAGGUUUCCAAAGAUUUUCCUUCUUUUGACCUGCAUCCUGCCGUUGACCCUGGUCCUGAGCGUACUGGCAGCGCCUUCGAGAUGGAGCCGUCUAGUCGACCCAAGAGUCGGCCUGCCAGCAUCUAUCGGGAGUCAUCGCAUGACAUCCGCUCGACUCCACUCGAGGAUGUGAAGGAAUAUGAGCCCCUCUUUCCCGAAGAAGAGAAGUCUGAAAAGCAGCCUCCCAAGCCAGAGUCUCCUACGACCACUAGGAAAGCUGAGGAACGGAAGCACAAAUUCCCCAGCCGGGACAUCUGGGAGGACGCCCCCGAUAGUGUCCAUGGCACUGCUGAAGUAUCGACUCCUGACGUUCAGGAGCAGCAAGAUGACUAUGAAGAUGACGGUCGCAUUCCUAGGGCAAUACCGCCGCGGGAUUCUGAUACGCCCGCUCAGGCAUUUGCCCGUAGGCAGGAGGAACUGGCAGAGGCGGAAUCCAGAAACAACCCCGAUGCCUUCUUAUACAGGACCCAGAAGCCUUCCUGGGUUCAAGGACAGUCACAUCUCGCCAAAGAAUUUACAUCCCGUUCAUCUUCGGCACAGUCGGCCCACUCAACACACCACUUCCCCAGCCGUGACACGUGGGAGGACACUCCCGAUAGCCUUUUGCUCGAGACUGAGGUUUCCAGGGAACAGGAUGAGGUCGAAGAUGACGAGGAGCAACAGUCCGCCACGGAACCAAAACAGGCCCCUGAGAUGCCUCAGAGACCUGUUAGGAAAUUUACAGAUCCUUCCGAGAAGCCCGCAAUUCCUGAACGACCGAAACCAAAACACACUUCUAGUGAUGACGGCAGUGUUUCAAAACCCAUUGUUCCGGAGCGACCCAAACCUCAAGUCCCAGCACGUCCUCAAAGACAGUCAUCUGGUUCGAGCAACAAAGAAGGAGAGCCGGCGGCUCCAGUCGCCAAGACCAAGCCACCGGUUCCAGCCCGACCCGUUGGUGGAAAGAUCGCUGCCUUACAGGCAGGUUUCAUGGCUGAUCUGAACAAACGACUCCAGCUUGGGCCACAAGCUCAGAAGCAUGAGGAGCCGGCAAAGGAGGAGGAGCCCCCAGUUGAACAGGAGAAGGCUCCGCUCGUUGAUGCGCGCAAGGGCCGUGCCAGAGGCCCUCAGCGGCGAGCACCUGCCAGGAGCCCAGUUCCUCCUGCCGCUACAUCUGCUGCUCCUGAGAAGGAGGCAGUCUCGUUCUCGUUCUCCACCCCAAUGAGCUUCUUCUCAAUCGAUCCAGAAGAAGGUGUUGUUACGGUUGGGGGCAAGGACGCAGACAGAGAAUCCUCGGCUGCUGGUCAGGCUUUGGCUGCUCAGACUGAUAUGCCUGACCAGGAGCCUGAGCCUGAGAAGGCCGAAACGUCAAAGCCCCCAGCGAUGGCGCAGCCAGUCGCUGAAGAACACGACUCCGCUGAGAACGACGUCAAGCCUGAAAGUCUGGUGACCAACAUGGCUGGCGAGACUUUGGUCGAAGUUGAUGUUGAAAAGAAUGGCAAGAAAGUGGAUCCUGUGAAUGUGGAAGAGGGUCAGCUGGGCAACUAA